AUGUCUGCUGGAGAAGUGGUUAUGGAAGUGCCAACGAGCUUGAAACGUCUUGCACGAUUGGUUGUAAGAGGUUUCUAUACUAUAGAAGAUGCACUCAUAAUUGACAUACUGGUUAGAAAUCCUUGUAUGAAAGAGGAUGACAUGUGUGAAUUAUUAAAAUUUGAAAGAAAAAUGCUUAGACAACGCAUAUCUAUACUAAGAAGUGAAAAAUUUUUACAAACUAGGUUGAGAAUGGAAACUGGUGCUGAUAGUAAGGCACAAAAGGUCAACUAUUAUUUUAUAAAUUAUAAGUCUUUUGUGAACAUGGUCAAGUAUAAACUUGAUUGUAUGCGAAAGAAAAUGGAGACACAGGAACGUAAUGCAACAAGUCGAGCCAGUUUUAAAUGUGUUCAAUGUUUCAAAACUUUUACCGAUUUAGAAGCUGAUAUGUUAUUUGAUUUCCAAACCAACGAAUUCCAUUGUACUUUUUGUGGGGAGUUGGUUGAAGAAGACACUUCGGUUUUACCACAACAAGAUUCUCGUGUAAUGUUGGCUAAUUUCAAUGAAGUUGUAGAACCUUUUUAUUCAAUACUUCGUGAACUAGAUGGUAUCCGUCUUGCGCCAGAACUUCUCGAACCUGAACCUACCCGUAUUCUAGGACUGGAAUCAGCAACAUCACAGUCUUCUGGCGGUAAACAAAUGAAUGGUAUGGAACGAUGGGGACCUGAUAAAAUGCGAAAUCUGGACUCAAAUAGUUCUAAAAUGGAAGUUACUAUUGGUGAAGACCUCCAAGACAAUCGUCCUGUUAUCAAAGAACGACCUAUAUGGUUAACAGAAAGUACAGUUGUAGAAAAUACUUCUACUCGAGAUUCAAUUGAAAUGGAGACUAAAGAUCAUACUGAAGGAGCUCCACUUGAAUUCACUCCUGAUGUAGAUAUAAUGACCGUCUUAUUGCAACAUGAAAAACGUGCGGAUCAAACUGAUGGGCCUGGUAAGAAAAGUGGGCAGGACGCGGAUUCAAGUGAUGAAGAUUUUUCAAAAACCAUAAAGAAUGAACCUUCUAUUGGUUCAGGUGUUGAAGAGCUAACAUCAGAAGAGGAAGAAGAUGACGAAGACGUACCUUUGGUAAGUGUGGCUGGCCGUCGUGUACCAAUAACAGAAGUAGUAAAUAUGACAGAUGCCAUUAGUCAAAUGACACCAUCCGAAAAAGAACACUACAUACAAGUUUAUCAAGACUAUUUCUCUGCGUUGGGUGAUUAA